AUGGAUACUGUUUAUGUCUUGGAGUGCAGCAAUAAUAAGUAUUACGUCGGAAAAACUAGAAGAAACGUUAAUACUAGGUUUGAAGAACAUCGUAAUGGAACUGGUUCAGAAUGGACACGUCUAUAUCGGCCAAUAAGAAUUGUUGAGUCUGAAAGAAGCAAUAAUUCUCAUUUAGAGCUGAAUAAAACCCUCGAUUAUAUGAGCAGAUAUGGUAUUGAUGAUGUAAGAGGCAGUUGUUAUUCUAAUGUGAAUUUAUCAGAAACAGAAAAACAGAAUAUUCGUCAAUUACUUUCUUCUAGGAAUGAUACUUGUUACAACUGUGGUAGGACUGGUCAUUUCGCUAAUAACUGUAAUUUUUCUAACGAGAAUGCUAAUAAUAAUAAUUCUCAUGGAUGUUUUAAGUGUGGCAGUACCGAUCAUUUUGCUUAUGAUUGUAAUAAUUACUUUGAUGAAAGUGAUAGCUCUUGUGAUGAGAAUGAUGAUAAUAAGUUUUAUAGAUGUUUUAGAUGUGGCAGUCCAAGUCAUUUUGCUAAUAAUUGUUAUAAAGAGUCUGAUAGUUCUAAUGAUGAGGAUAAUAGCUAUUAUGAUGAUAAUGAACGCCUUAGUUAUGUUGUAUGUUACAGGUGUGGCCAUACUGGUCAUUAUGCUAAUAGAUGUAAUAACUAA